GCCCCUUCUCCUCCUCAUCUCCUGCCAGAUUAUCUCCAUCAAGCUGCCGCUCAGAUGUCGACUCCUGACGCAGGAAGCUCAGCUCCGGAGGGGGAGGGGGGUCCCCCGGCCGCCGCCCCCAACCUGACAAGCAACAGGCGGCUGCAGCAGACCCAGGCCCAGGUGGACGAGGUGGUGGACAUCAUGCGCGUGAACGUGGACAAAGUCCUGGAGCGGGACCAGAAGCUGUCGGAGCUGGACGACCGGGCCGACGCCCUGCAGGCCGGCGCCUCGCAGUUCGAGAGCAGCGCCGCCAAACUCAAGAACAAGUACUGGUGGAAGAACUGCAAGAUGAUGAUCAUCAUGGCGGUCGUCGGCGUCAUCUGCCUGGGUGCCGUCUUCAUGUACUUCUUCUACUGACCACCUGGACUGACAGAAUCUCUUCUGGGCAAAAUACGCUCGCCUUGUUUUCCGCCGACUGUUAUAUCGCCCCCUUGUUGUGAGUUCCGUUACUGCUGCUUUUUUUUCCCACUUCCGUGCUUUUCAAUUCCCUUUUAUUUUGUCUGGUUUCCAACUGUUUUUGAGUGCGAAAUGAGACGUUUUUGGGAGUACAGAAUGAGAUGUUUCAGCUGACACAUGUUUAUGUUUGAAAUGAAUUUAAAAAGUACGGUUUGAAAAACACCACGGCUCU